AUUGACGAGGGUUAUAUUUACACAAGAUAACAAUUCUUUCGAAAGAAAAUCGCCUAAACCUUUGCACUACCAUAACUGUCAUAAUUUUCCCGUUUUUUGCUGUGCUUACGUUUACACAAUUCACCAAAUACGAAUCGCGUACCGUGGGAAAUACCUUCUGGUUUUUUUCAUUUUUGAAUUUUUUUACGCCACGUCGCAACUUGCAAGCAGCAGGCUUGUUGCCUUGACGACCAGGCAAAAAUCGACGUUUUUACAGAGAGAACCCUACCUGCUUGCCAAAGAUUAUACGUGUACAAAAGUUCUUAUACGUGUAAGAAGGCAUAGACGAGCCUCCGAAUGUCAACAAACUCAUCAGCCAGAACGAAGUUACAACUGUAGUGCCCCUUUCAUAGUUUAGUUUCCUUCUUCUUGAGUUCUUGAGUUUGUUUUUCGUUGUCUGCGACUGAUGAGACGUCGAGCGUAUUGCCACAAAGCCAGUAUUAUUCUUUCACAAGUGCACAGGUUUUGAUAGAAAAAUGAAUCGUGAAGGGGUUGUUCAAAGGAGGACUGCUCGUGUGGGGACUGGUGGCGGAGGACCUGUUGAGAUAUCGUCAGGCCCAGCUGAUGUUGAAGACCGCCGUACAAGUAAUGAUACAGAUGAUAUGGAUGAUUUGGAUUCCAAAGAAACAAGACUCACCUUGAUGGAAGAAGUGUUAUUAUUGGGUCUCAAAGAUAAAGAGGGCUAUACUUCAUUCUGGAAUGAUUGCAUAUCUAGUGGUCUUCGUGGAUGCAUAUUGAUUGAGUUAGGCCUACGUGGUAGAGUUGAACUAGAGAAAGGAGGAAUGAGGAAACGAUCCCUAUUGGGGAGAAAAAUUCUACUCAAGAAUGACUCACCUACUGGAGAUGUUCUCCUAGAUGAAGCACUCAAGCAUGUUAAGGAAACAGAUCCCCCUGAGACGGUACAGAAUUGGAUAGAAUACCUCAGUGGAGAAACAUGGAAUCCCUUGAAACUAAGAUAUCAACUGAAAAACGUCCGGGAACGCCUGGCCAAAAAUUUGGUGGAGAAGGGAGUAUUAACGACAGAGAAACAGAAUUUUCUCUUGUUUGAUAUGACCACUCAUCCUCUUACGGACAAUAUCAUGAAAACUCGUCUUGUCAAAAAGGUACAAGAAGCAGUCUUAUCCAAGUGGGUAAACGACGCUCAUCGAAUGGACAAACGCAUGCUGUCACUCAUCUUCCUGGCUCACGCCUCUGACGUGUUAGAGAAUGCCUUUGCCCCAUUAAACGACGACGACUACGAGCUGGCCAUGAAACGGGUUCGUGAACUCCUCUACCUUGACUUGGACAACGAGAGUGCAAAACCUGGAACCAAUGAGUUGAUGUGGGCUGUUUUUGCUUCCUUUACCAAAUGAUAACGUUAUUAUUGUUACUAAUAUUGUAUUGCUAUCCCUUUCGUACACUCCUAUCCCUUCCCAUAUCAUUUAUUUUUCUUAUUUUCUUUGCCUAUCCCCUUUCUUUUGAUCCUUAUUUAGUUUCUUUCUUUUUUUGUUCCGCGUUUCCUUUAUUUUUCCCGUUUUUUAAGCUACUGGCCAUCGAAAAAAAUAACCCUACCUUUGUAUACCUACAUAGCUGCAGCCAGGCUAGAUUUUCCAAUUCAUUCCUUCUUUCAAGCCAUUUUUUCAGUUAUUACUAGCCCCUCCUUCUUUUUUUAACAAUAUUUAGAAUAUCCUACGAGUGUUAUUAAUUUUCUCCAUUUUGAGUGUGCGUUGGGAAGCCUCGAUUUAUCUAAAAAUCAUUUCCAAAAUUACCGAUCACGCUCACAGUGCACUUGUUUCGUCUUUAAUUCAAGUUUUCUUUAAAUGGUGAAAGGGAAAAUAUUCAUUUAACGAAACCACUAUUAUUAUUAUAUAGCGAACUCUCAUGAUUUAACGUGGGUUGAAACGUGGAGGAAAGUGGGCAGAGGAGAGAGACUUUUUUGUUACAAUUCUGGGGAAAUCCCGUUGUGGUAUGUAUUGUAAAUAUACCUUCCAUCGGGAGCGCAGUGCGCCAUCUUUAAAAAUACAACAAUAUAAAUGAAUGAAACAUAUGUAACCUGCAAACUGUGAAAUGAUUUGCGGAUUGCGACCCUCAAAAAUUCAUUUGGAUAUAUGUGUUUAACAACUCCCUUUAAUCGGCUAAUGCUAUAUAUUAGGUACUAUAUCAUGUGGGAGAACGUGUAUAACAUGUUUUAUUUCAUUACUGCAUGUACACACUAUUGGUAGUUUGAAUAAAAAAAUUCGGAUGCAA